GCAAUGGGAGAAGAUUGAUGUGAUAUUCACUGUGCUGCUGAAAAACAUAGGAAAGAUAAUUUAAUAUUAAUAGCAUAUUGGAUCUUGCAGGAAAAAUCAGUCUGAAAACGGGCGUCAUAUAACCUCUCUGUAUAGGUUGAAGGCGCAAAAUCACCAACCGGUGAUACAACACUAAAAACCCCCCCUCAUCAUAGAUACGAGUUGUCACUCGACACUCCGAUUGCAGAAACGUCGACCUUGUGAACGCUGUCUUGAUUCUUUCAGGGAUAAUCAGACGGGACAAUUGCACAAUGGAAGACGUGAUACAAUCGACGGAACACGACUCGUGUUCGAGGGACGACGAUUCUCUAUACGUCGCUACGAAAUGCUGGGAACGCGUUAUGGACGCCGCCGUCAAGACCGGCUACAGAGAAGGGGCACAGGACGGGGCCGAUUCUGUGCUGCAGGAGGGAUUCGACAUCGGCUACAGGGACGGUUUCGAGACCGCUUUCACGUUGGGAAGGUACAAGGGUCUGGCUGCCGUCUCGACGUCCGCGCCGGAGCAUCCCGCGGACGUGGCCGCCGUUCUCGACAAGACCAGACGCGGCGCGUGUAGGAUAUGCGACGUCGAGUCGCGACGUAAAGCCCCCAGUCCGCACGAGGACGCCCCGUUCGACGAAGUCCUGAACGAGCAGAGAGCACACUCCGCGGAAGUGAUAGGCAGGCUGCGCGAGUACUUCGAACCGAUCCUGAAGAGAUCGGGCGUCAAUUCAAUCUAGAUACAGUUUAGGUGACAUUUACAAAACGAGCGUAACGGUUAGAUUAUUAAAAAUCUAGUAAUAUUUUUAAUAUACUGAUUAUUUAACAUAUUAAUAUUAAUUAUUAAUAUUGUAAAAAAUUAAUUUCCUAUAGAAACUUUUAUUAUACGAGACACUCGGAUAGCUUCGCGACUCAGUCGUACAGUGAUUAUUGAUAAUAAAUGUUUUUCUUUUUAUAAAUAUAA